AUGUGCAACGUAUCAGACACGACGACCAGCGUGCCCCCUGAGGACACGGCCAUUAACAAAACAGCGGAUAAUUUCGAUUUAAUUGUUUUAAUACCUGGGAGUAUUUUUCUUUUAAUUGAUAUAAUAAUUGUUGGCGGAAAUGUACUUGUUUUAAUGGCCGUUCAUUGGCACCCAAAACUAAAGAAAAGCGUCACAACGUACUUUGUUAUCAAUCUAGCGUUCGCUGAUUUAUUGCUUGGGAUAGUGGUACUGCCGUUUUCGGCAAUUCUGGAUGUUCUUGAUUCCUGGCCCUUUGGUAAAAUACUUUGCAUAAUAUGGGCCCGUUUGGACGUGUUCUGUUGUACGUUGUCAAACUUGACACUCUGUGUGAUAAGUGUGGACCGAUAUAUUGGCGUCACCAGGCCCCUUCGUUACACCGUCAUUAUGACGCGACGAAAAGUCAUCUUAUUAAUUGUGGCCGUUUGGAUCUGCUCGGUCGCGAUGACAGUCCCACCUUUGUUCGGGUGGGGGACAUCUGCGCCCCCUAAUCCUUCAAUAUGUUUCCAUAAUAUGGAUCCCGGUUAUGUAUUUUUCAGUGCGUUUGGUCUGUUUUUCUUACCAACAAUCAUCAUGAGUUGUUUGUAUUUACGCAUUUUUCAAAUAGUUAAAAGGAAUUUACGAGCGAUGAAAUCUGGAGUAAAAUCUAUGGGUAGUGGUUCGAAUGACAUCAAUUUACGUAUACACAGAGCGAGACCAAAACGUAUACAUAAUGUAUCGGAAGGAAGAAACAAUAGAAGUUUCAUAAGUAACGGUUCGGAUGAUUCCGGAAGUGACAUCAGCGUUAUUACGGAUGUGUCAAACACAACGGCACACAUUUAUGCCAUUGCAGCAACGAAAACAAACGAAACAGACGUGGAUAUUCAUAUGUCCCCGGUUCACUGUGAUAUAUCAAGGAAUAAGAAUGAAGCGGUGUCUUCCAUGAAGAAAAGAAUUGCUUGUUUUAAACAGGAGAACAAAGCAGCGAUAACUCUUGGACGUGUAGUUGGCGCUUUUAUCGUAUGUUGGCUCCCGUUCUUCGUUUAUCUCCCUUUGGAUGCCGCUACCGAUGUGGAAUUUCCCGACAUUGUCAGGGAAGGGACAUUCUGGUUGGGUUACGUCAACUCUGCUAUCAACCCAUUUAUAUACGCUUACUCCAGCCUGGAAUUCCGGAAAGCAUUUGCAAGAAUUCUUAAAUGUCGACUGAAAAGGAAGGCGUAUUAUUGA